AUGUCGGACUCCGGAUCCGUAGGCGCGGUUUCCGGCGGAAGCAACGGCCUGUGUCGGGUUUGCGGCGACAAGGCCUCCGGAAAACAUUACGGAGUUCCGUCUUGCGACGGAUGUCGAGGAUUCUUCAAACGGAGCAUCAGGAGGUUAAUGCGUCGCAACCUACAAUAUUCCUGCAAGGAAGGAGGUCAUUGCAUAGUCGACGUUUCGAGGAGGAAUCAGUGUCAGGCUUGCAGAUUUUCGAAAUGUUUGCAGGCUAACAUGCGAAAGGACGGUGAUGUCAGAUACAAUCCUGUCCAGCACGAAAGGGCUCCUCGCUCCUGUCUACCAAACCAGCAGCACAAUUCUACACAAAAUUUGGGUAAUAUACCACCAAAUCAAACGUACCAUUUACAUGGUACAAACACGUUGGCUGCGACACAAGAAACGACGUCGAGGCGCAUGUUGGCGCCUUUGGUUGGCGUGCAACAUCAUCCGGGUUUUUAUUUACCACUACCGUUUAAUACAACCGGUCACUAUAUACCACAUCAUCCAAACUUUGCACCGGUUAUAGAUGGAUCAAGAUAUUUUGGAGGUUUGUUCGACAGUCCAAGUCUAGCAGGUCUAAAUCCAUUUUUGUCUGGUUUUAAUAAUUUGUCAGGAAUUUAUAAACAGGACACAACGUACAAGGAUAUAAUACAUCCUAUACCAAUACAACCAACAAACACAAAUUCUAUACUAAAUCCAGAGAAGAAAAGUGACCAGAUAAGUUUUGGAGCUUCGUCAACUACAUCCCCAGUUUCGGCAAAAGACGACGAAGUGACUUCCACCGAAGGACUACCCUUAACCGGUUCAACAUCCUCCAACCCUAAUCAGGUUGCAACAUCGUUUGUACCAACACCAUCAGGUGGAGAAAACGUUUACGAAUCUGCUGCUAAAUUAUUAUUUUUGGCUGUUAAAUGGGCUAGGUCGAUACCUUCAUUCGCACAGUUAUCUCUGAGGGACCAGUCGUUGCUUUUAGAGGAAUCCUGGGCAGAACUGUUUGUUCUGACGGCUGCUCAAUGGAAUUUGCCUAUUGAAGAAGAUUUGUUGCCAAGGAGUUGCAUAAGCCUUCGAUCUGAUACAAGAAGACUAAGGGACGUUAUAACAAAAUACAUCUCUAUGCGUGUCGACAAUUCGGAAGGAGCUUGUCUAAAAGCUCUUGUCCUCUUUCGACCAGAUGUCCGCGGUGUGUCUGCUCCCGAGCAAGUGGCAUUGCUGCAGGAGCAAAGUCUGACAUUGCUUCAGGAACGAUGUGGAAGUUCCAGCAGACUUGGCAAGUUGCUGCUGAUUUUACCAGCGGUCAGAGGGGCUUCGAAUCCGGAUAAAUUACAAAUUUAA